AUGGACACCGACGUUGUUAAAAUGAUAAGGAAGGCCGCGCUGUCCCUCUUCAAGGAAGAAGCACCUGCAGGAACGCCGUACUUGGCGAAGCCAUUCCUUAAUAUCAACUUUUUAAACGAAGAAGAGCUCCCCUUUUGGCUGACCGAUGAGAAACAUAUUAAAAAGUGCAACUCGAUUUUCAACUCGAAAAUUGUUGCCUACCCGGUUUACGUGGCCCAAACGAUUCAUAAGUAUCGGCCGUCCGCCGUCCCGCAGGUAGCCAUAUUCGGACGGUCCAACGUCGGCAAAUCGAGUUUAAUCAACGCCCUGCUGAACAACCGGGAAGUCGCGCAGGCCUCAAAGACGCCGGGGCGCACCCGGCAUUUGUUCAUCUUCAACCUGCUGAAUCACCUCUCCAUCGUGGACCUGCCUGGCUACGGCUUUGCCAAGGUGGCCAAGCACAUGCGUGAUGACUGGUCCGUCCUUAUCGAGGAGUAUCUAAACAGAGCCGUCAACCUGAAGCGCGCUCUGUGCUUGAUCGAGUGUACUGAGUUUUUCACGCCGCACGAUUUUGUCCUCCUCGACAUGCUAAUAACAAAGGGGGUGCCCUUUCAGAUUGUAGUUACCAAGGUGGAUCGGCUUCGGGCGCACGAGCUGCACAAGCUCAUGGUUAAAGUCCUCUCCGUCAUUGAGGACUACAAGAAGAAAGUCAACGCCCUCAACGAGCGCACGCACAGGCAGAGCUUGAGCCUCCACAAGGAGGUACCUCACGAAAUGAACAUAAGCAGCUACUUAUUUAACGUUUCCAGUUUGAGGGACUUUGGGGUUCAGCCGCUGCGGGCCCACUUGGGGUUGAUAGCAACUGACGAGAUGGUUAAGAAGAAGUGA